AAGACCGAUAGCAUUGCAGUAACACUCCCAUAAUUUUUUUCUUCCAAUAUCCCUAAAAAUGCACUCCCUUGCUCACUACCCCAAAUUUUCUUUCCGUCAAAUCCUUGCCGGGAGCACUGCACAACAAGCAACUGCAAAAUUUUUGGGCAUUUGAAUUCUCCUUUAACCCUCUCCUUUCCCCUGUGCUUAACCCUUCAAAUAAAUUGAAAUUCGACAGAAAAAAGAGACGGUGCCAGUUGGUGACAUUUCAUGGCUAGCAAUCCUUCCCCUCACGGGCACAUGCAUCAGCAUCAGUUUGCGUUACAGGGCACAGAGUCAAAGCCUUGUGACGCAGAAUCACUGGUGCCGGCGACCCUUUUGAUUAAGCACUUGCCAGAAGCCAUUCCUGACGUCACCCUCUCUCGGAUCUUGGCCAAUUUCGGCGCUUCCUCAGUUCGCCCUUGCUCUACUGGCAGGUUGAGAAAUUGUGCUUUUGCGGAUUUCAAAAAUGAGAUUGUGGCAUCUCAAGCACAACGGCAACUAAAUGGGUUGAGAUUUCUUGGUAAAGUCUUGUCAGCAGAGAGAGCUAGUAACCCAACUGAGAAUGGUGAAAAAAGUAGCGGAGACCAGUUGGGAAAGGACUCUAAAACAUCAAUGCUGAAGAAUGCAAAUGUAACCAAACCUAUUGAUGGAGAUACAAAAUCAGGAGCCCUCCCUAUUCCUGAACCUAUUGCUGAUAGACUUGGUGUCAAUUAUCCAUUUCCUCCACAUCUUGAGUAUGCUUACCCUCCACCUGAUGGAAAUAUAUUGACCAAUAUUGUGAAUGCUCUAAUUGCUGUUCCUCGCUUUUACACUCAGGUUCUACACUUGAUGAACAAAAUGAACAUCCCGGCUCCGUUUCGUAUGGCACUGCCCACACCUCCAUUACCUCCAGAGGUACCAGCACCGCCACCACCUCUACCUGCACCUACUGUAACUGUGAAUCCUUGGUCUGCAGAUCUGUCUAGUGGCGAAUCUGAGAUGGAAUCUUCAGAUGAGGAGGAUGAAGCAAGAAUAAGAAAGUCUGGACAAAAGCGUGCCAGGCGUGAGACCAUUGUUGGCCCUGCUAUUGAUAAGGGUGUGGCUCAUGAGUCUGUUGGAGUAAAACCAGCCACCUUGGUUCCAAAGGAAAUCCCUGUGAUAAAAAAGAACCAUGUCUUAAAGAUAAACAUUGUUCCCAAAGCAACAGUGAAAGAACAUAAAGAUGAUGACACAACACAAGAGUUACAAGAGCCAGAAAAAGAUGUUCCGGAUCCUAACAAAUUUUUGACUCCAGAUGAAUUGGAGAGAGGAAAGUUGCCUCCUGAGGAAAUCUUAUCCCUUCCAAUGUUUAAGAACUAUACAGCUGGAAAUCCUGCUCCUGUGUUGUAUAUUAAGAAUUUGGCAAAAGAUGUGAUUGCUGAUGAUUUCUAUUUUAUAUUUGGCUCCUUGUUUGGAAGUAUUGAUGCUGCUAAGUCUGGUCUUCAAGUCAAACUGAUGCAGGAAGGACGGAUGAGGGGUCAAGCGUUUAUAACGUUUCCCUCCAUUGAGUUGGCCCAUCAUGCUUUGAAUCUAGUGAAUGGAUAUGUAUUAAAAGGCAAGCCAAUGAUCAUCCAGUUUGGUCGAAAUCCUACUGCUGCUAAGGCAACUUAAAUCUAUGGACACAGGAAUUGCUCUUUGCUUGAUUGCACGUAUAACGGACAGCUAAUGAUGCAUUCUUCGUUCACUCCUUGGUGAGGACUCUGCAUUAGACCACUGCCACCACCACAUUCUGGAAUGUCAGUGAUAUGGAUGCUGGCAUGUACAUUCUCCUUGGAUUUAUGGAUGAAAAAUGAAUCUAGAGUCACAUUGCUGGCAAGAGGCGUUGGAAAUGCAGACCAAGGUCAUUGCAGAAAACGUCGUAUAUAGUAACAAUUUUUUUUUAAUGUAUUGUACAUUCAACUAAGAGGAUCCUCUUGGUUAAAUUAAGCAUAUAGGAAAUACAUGAUUUUUUGGUUCAUUUUCGGCUGUGGAAACAAAAAUAUAGGAAACUUGGAUCCAGCAACGUUGGACAAUUAUGGUUCUGACAACAAUGGCUCCGGCAUGGACAUUACAUUAGGUUUAGAUAAUCUUUUGUUAUCAGACUAGUAAUUGGACACAUUUUUUUCCAAGGAAAAUCUAGUGAGUUGCAGCUUGUCAUUGCCAACAUA